UGCGGUGGUUGAUUGGUUGCUCUCUCUCCCGCCGUGUUGAUUGGUUGAUUGGUUGAUUGGUUGAUGGUUGAUUGGUUGCUCUCUCCAGCCGUGUUGAUCGGUUGAUUGGUUGAUUGGUUGAUUGGUCGCGCGCUGCACGAUGCCGAUCAUGGAGCCCUCUGUUGUUCCGCACGGAGGGCGAGCGCUUCCUGAGCUGCGUCUCCGAAUUGGGCUAGUGGAAGAAGUGAAGAGGAAGAUGGAGAUGGCAAUUGAUGAGCCAACGGAUCGCAGGGCAAUAUUACAGGACCUCUUCACAGAUGUAGCUCUAGAUGUGGACGACCGAGCAAAAGCUCACCUAUUUGCGGAGUUCAAUGACAUUGGUUCAGACUUCUUUUCGAGCAGUAAAGGUCCCUUAUGCUUCUACGAGAUACUAGCCGAACAUUUUGUGUGCUGCCCAGAAGACGCCGAAGAUGUCCUCCCUCUCUUCCUUCAACUCUGGAGUCAGUACUUCACUUGUAUGAUCUUUGCUCUUCUCAUGCAUCAGUGGUUAUAUGAUGAUUCUACCAAACUCGGUGAAGAUAUUAUGCUGCGGUAUUCCAAGGGUUUAAUCAAUGGAGCUGAUCAUGUGUUCUGGAUUGACGUUCAGAGCAAUAUGAAGCGAUUUUCGCGCUUGUAUACGUACAUAUUGAACGAGAUUGUGCUUAGUUCUGAAGGGAUGAUAAAAGUGCCAGUGAAGGCACGGAAGGACCUUGUUCUGCUGGUGUCGAGGUUCUACUUCUUCUAUGAAGGAGGUGAAAACUUGCAUGCUGUCCUUAACCACCUUUCGCGACUACUACCGUCAGGCGAGUGCGCGGCGGCGGAUACUUUUGUGAAUGAGUUGACGAACCAGCUGCAGAAAAUUAAAGUGGAGCCAGUGCUGCUCGAGUACAUCAGCUGUGCAAAGAACCUAAAAGGACUGGACCUCUGGACGUCGACCAGUAUACGGCUACAAGCAGCCCUGUAUGCAAUGACCUCACCAGGCGGACCCCAUUUCCCACCUCGAUCAGUUCGGCACGCAGCCUUCCGCACUCUCGACUGCCUUUAUCCGGUUGGCCGCCGCUUCCGGCAUCUGAUCAGCCUUGGUUUCCGUCUACUGCACCCCUAUUAUUGGCCCAGUUCAUUUUGGCACUUCCUUGUGACGAAGGUCAAUCAUGUAUGUGAUGGCGUCAACGAGUGGAUACGAUGGGUGUGCAGAGACCUCUUUGGGUGGACGUACCAUGAGCUGCGAGACGUACAUAGAGAAUAGCGCUGGUGGCUGGAGUGAAAGUGGAUCCCCCCUUGGUGUGCGAAGAUCCCUGUAAUUGGAAUGACAAUCACGACAGUGAAGUGGGCAAGGCACAGGUAAAACUCUCCCUCCAUGAAAGUGUGUGUGACAGCCGUCACGACACCAUAUCGAAGUGCGUGUGACAGCCGACACUUUGGUGACGACCAAAAUCCGCGUUACGAAGUGCUCAGUGUCUCAAGGCUUUGCACAGCGAACACACAUCGAAGCGCAAGCAGGAGGAAUCCACGAAGACUCGCACCGUAUCCAAGUGCCGGGGAUCAGCCCGUCACUUUGGUGGUGAUGUCUCAAGGCCUUGCACAGAGAACAAACAUGGAAGCACAAG